UCGGCUUCCUUGAUUCCCCUUUUCGAGAAGGCCGGCAAGGUAUUUCUAGCUCGGCCAGCCCCUGCAAAGACCUAGGUAGGUGAACUCGUCUGCAAUUGAAUUUUGUUUCAUAUCAAAAUGGUGUACAAUUUUACUUCUUUGGCGUCAGUUGCCAUCUCUUUGCUUGCGCUGAGCGAGGCGACAGCCGUCAGCACGAGCACCAGUUCCUCAUUCAGCACCUCAACUACAUCUUCUUUGACGGAUUCGGCGGCUUUCCCUACCUCGACUAGUCCUACCUGCCCCAAGGCCGACAACAAUGUGUUCAUCGCCAAGAGCGGUGCCACUUUCUUGAUUGAGUGUGGCAUCGACUAUGCAGGUGGUGACUUGAAGAUGGUCAACAUCGCCAGUAAUAGAAUCGCUGAUUGCGUCAACGCCUGCGAUGCUACUGAAGGAUGUAUUGAUAUCAGCAUGUCUGGUACUGCAUGUUAUAUGAAGAAGAAGCUCGGCAAGCCUCUUAGCAACAAGAUCAUCAGAGGAGCACGCAAAAUCAAGGAUGCACCCACGAGCUCUAGUAGCAGCUCGUACAGCACAUCGUUCAGCAGCUCUCAGAGCAGCUCUUACAGUGCCAGCCAAAGUGUGACUCAGGCUCCUACCUUCUCUAUUCCCACGGCGUCUACAGCUCCUUCAACUGCUUCGCUUCCUACAGUUGACCAGGGUACCGAAUACGUCAACUAUACCAAUGUUGGCGGCUACUUCCUGCAGGAUCUCGACACUACUGUUCCCAGCACCUUUGACUACACUGCCACAAACUUUGGUCUGAUCAACCAGACUUACGAGACUGAUUCGAGCUCUGAUGGUGCACUUACCCAAUGGCAACGCUUCAACAACCUCUUGAAGCACAUGAACAGUGAAGCCCCCAAGAACGUCGAGUACAAGCUCUUGUUCAUCGGUCGCCACGGAGAGGGCUACCACAAUGCCGCGCAGACCUACUAUGGUACCCCCGCUUGGAACUGUUACUGGAGCCAACAAACCGGAAACAGCACAAACUCCUGGCAAGACGCCGACCUAACCCCCGCCGGAACCGCCCAAGCCCUCAAAGCCAACAAAUUCUGGUCACAACAACUUCUCUCCCAAAAAAUCCAACCUCCCCAAUCCUUCUACGUAUCCCCACUAACCCGCUGUCUCAAAACCGCGAACCUCACUUUCUCCGGACUCUCCCUCUCAAAUUUUAUCCCCACAAUCAAGGAAUAUAUCAGAGAGGGUAUAAGUACACAUACCUGUGAUCAUCGCAGCAACGCCACUUAUAUCCGCAACCUCUUCCCCACCUGGAACUUCGAACCCACAUUUACAGAAACCGAUGAAUUCUGGAAUGGCAUCACCGAGGAAUCAUCUUCAGCGCAGGAUUACCGCUCUAAACUCGCUCUGGAUGAUAUUUUCUCCACUGAUGCCGCGAGUGUUAUAAGUAUCACCACGCAUUCGGGGGAAACAAGCAGUUUGCUGCGUGUGUUGAAGCAUAGGUCUUUUUCUCUGGUUACGGGUGCUGUUAUUCCUGUGUUUGUCAAGGCGGAGACGAUCAAGGUUGUUGAGGGUGCCGUGACGACGACGGUGCCGUGGGAUGCUGGGGCUUGGUGUACUAAUGGUCCGCCGUUGGCUAGUAGUACUGCUUGUGUAUGUAGUGAUGGGGUGGUGCCUGUUGCUACUACUGCUUCUUCUGUUUAAGAGAGAAGGAGGGAGUCAGUAUCGAAUUCUGUUUACAGUCCAAAAGUAUCUUUCUCUGCGAUUCUUGACUGUACUCCUCAAUAUGCUCAAUGACCAAGUGAUUGACGCAGACGGAUUUCCAUAAAAG